AUGGAUCUAUUUAUAGAUAAACAAAAAGAAUUAGAAAUAAACAAUUAUAAUAAUACUUGCAUUUUGGAUAAUAUUCACAGCCCUAUUAAAAAAUAUAAUAAUGAAAAUGUUGGGAAAAAAGAGGAAUAUAAGGAUGAUAAAUUAUUACCUUGCUAUAUAGAGAUAAUAAAUAAUGACUUAAUUAUAUAUUUUUUUGAUAAAUAUAAUAAUAGCGUAUCAUGGAAAAUCGAUAAAGGAUAUUAUUUAAUCAAAAUAAAAGACACGACUGAUGUUUAUGAUGAUAAAAAAAACAAUAUAAUAUCUAAUCAAAGAUCUAAAUCCAAAGAUUUUUAUAAAUAUUCGUUUACUGAAAAUAUAUAUUUAAGUAGUAAUGAUGAUGAUAGUAGCAAUUCUUUUAUUACAUCAUUUAAUAAAGGAUACAGUGCUGAUAAUAACAAUUAUAUGGCUACUGAAAGAAUAGAACAAGUAAAAAUGCGAAGAAGAAAAAAAAGAAAAAAAAAAAACAAAAAACAAAUCGAAGACCUAAAUAAAGAACAAAUACACAAUUUUAAUGUACUCAAGCCUAAUGACGAUGAAAUACGGACAAAUCCACUUUUUAUGAAUUCUGAAAUAAAUGGAUUGGUAAAAACUUUAUAUAUUUUUUCAGAUUGCUUUUUUAAUUUAAAAAACUCUUUAAAAAAAAAUUCAUGUAUUUUCUAUAUGUGUCAAAGAGAAUAUCUUAAUGAAAAUGAUUUUUCAUGUGAUAAUGAAGUAAGUAAUAUCCAACUAGUUAUAAAAAUAAAACAGUCAAUUAUUCCUAAGCUAAGGGGUGAAAUAACUAUUAAUUAUGACAAAUUUAAUAACCUAAACGAAACAAAUAAAUUUUUAAUUAAACAAAAAUUAAAAGAUAUUUCACUAAAUAUAUCUAAAAUAUACAAAUAUAAUGAUAGCAUAAUAGAAGACAUGUUUUACGUCGAUGCAAACAGUCAACACAUACAAAUAAAUCUAGAAAAUGAAAAUAAUAAAACUAUAUUUUAUAUUAAACCCUCUAAUCAUGCUUUUCAAAAUGAAAUCUUUUAUUCAAGUUAUAGUUUUAAUGCAAAAAGGGAAAUGAAACCAAACAAAGACAAUUGGUAUGAAUUAAAUAUAUUUACCCAUUACUUUUACAAACAAAAAGUAGAUGAACUUAUCGAAAAUACAAUCAAAGCACAAAGUACUACUGUUACAGAUGAUUGGCAUACUAAAAGCGAAGAAUUUAACAACCUUGAUGAAUAUAAAACAUCAUCAGAUGAAAAAACAAUUGAAGAUUAUAGUGAAAACGAAUAUAAAGACGAUGACAACACAUGUAAAACUUCCGAAGUGGAACAAUAUGAUCAAGCAAAAAAAGUAGACAUUUCUAAUGAAAAUAGUAAUGUUGAUAAAAAUGAAGGAAAAUAUAAAUUUUCAAAUAUAUUAAAAACUAUAGAAAGAAUGAGAACAAGUACAUUUUUUAGCGGGAAAUCUAGUGAAGACCCCACAAAAAUUGUAUACAAAGAAUUAAUAUUUUAUGAUAAAAAUAAAGAAAUGUUUUCCAGAUAUGUAGGUAAUAUUAAAAAUAAAUUAUAUAAUGGGAAAGGAAAGUUAUAUGACAAAUGUAAUAGUUUAAUAUAUGAUGGAGGGUGGCUAAAUUCAGAAAAAAAUGGAAAAGGAAAAUUAUUAUUCAAAUAUUUUAACAUUUGGUAUUUAUAUGAAGGGGAAUUUUAUCGCGAUGAAAUAGUCGGCAAAGGAAUCAUAUCAUUAAUAGAUAAAGAAUAUGUAAAAGGAAUAGAAACAAAUAAAAUUAAUAAAUUAUGCCCCUUACUUAUUAAAACCAAUUUUUCCAAUAAACAUAAAAAUAACAAACAAAAUGAAAAAACUAAGUAUAACCAAGAUGAACCACCUUUUGAUCAAAAUUUAUUAUUACAAAUAGAAAAAACAGCUAUGGCUAGCUACAGCUCGACUAAUAAUGUUGAUUUUUGGGAAAAAGAAAUUAUAGAUAUUUAUUUCCCAUAUUUAAAAAAAUGGGACAUCUACUCAUUUUAUUGUUCAAGUAAUAUAGAAAAUAUAAAAAAGAAAAAAGAAAUUUUCGAAGCCAACCAAUAUAACUUUAAAAAUGCAAUUGGAUAUCCAUCUUUUGAAUUUAAAAGUGGUUAUAAUGAAAUUGAAGAGGAAGAAUAUCAAAGUGAUUCAACAAUAGAUGAGGUGUACCGUUCUAAUAGUGGUGUAAAUAUGAAAAUGGAAAUCAAAAAUAAUGCCGAAUAUCAAAACCUUAGAGAAAAUGAUCAGAUUGAUAAUGCAAAAGGAUCAAAUUAUUAUGAUUAUAUACCACACGAAAAUAAAAAGUUAACGAAUGAGAAUUUCCCCAAAUUUUAUGAAAAUAAGAAUAAAUGGACAGAAGAAAUUUUUUGUAGUAAUAAUGAAACUUCGAAAUUACAAAAAGACUUUUUUGAAUGUAUGAAAAACAAAAAUGAAUUAAAAUUUUAUUAUCCCAUACUAAGUAAAACUAUAGGAUUAACAAAAAUUAUUUAUGCUGAUAAAAGUGAAUAUUUUGGACCAAUAAACAAUAAAGGACAACCAAAUACCAACGAAAAAUUCCCUAAAGGCUUUUUCAAUAAUGAAAAUUUUUUUUAUGAAGGAGAAUUAAAAAAUUUUUUACCUCAUGGUUAUGGUAUAUUAAAAAAUAAAGAUAAUAAUAAAAAUUCAUAUAUUGGAUUUUGGAAAAAUGGAUAUAGAGAAGGAAAUGGAACAUUAAACAUUAGGAAUAAAAAAUAUGUUAUACAAGGGAAUUUUGCAAAAGAUCAAAUUCAUGAUAACAUUAAUAUAUAUGUUAAAGAUGAAAAAAUAUCAAAAAUACAAAUAUCAAAUAUAAAUAAAAAGUUUAAAAAAAUGAAAAUAUUUUUUAGAAAUGGAUAUAUAUUUUAUGGUCAUUUCUGCAAAAAAUAUCAAAGAAAUGGAUUAGGGAUACUAAUUGAUACUAAUAAUAAAAUUUUAUAUCAUGGCUAUUAUAAAAAUGAUGUAAUUGAUAAAUUUUGUUAUAUAUUAAGACAUAAAGACAAUACCAUUUAUUGUGGUAACCUACAACGAGGCUUCAAAAAAGGUUUUGGGAAAUUAUAUUAUGAAGAACAAUUAAAGCUUAAUGAUCAACAUGAAUUUAAUUUAAGCCUAUCAGAUGCUAAGACAUUAGCAAGAAAAUUGGAAGCAUAUGACGCCAUCGAUAUUAGCACAAAUAUACCAUUUAAUGUUCCUUUUGAUUCUAACCAUACUAUAUAUAUUGGAUAUUGGAAUAAAAAUAAAAUUUCUCAUUUUGGCUCUUGCAAUUUAAAAAAUGGAAUUUAUAAAGGGGACAUUAAUCAAUCAAAAAAAGACGGUAUUGGAGUAUAUAUAUACAAAAAAAAAAAAACAAAUAAAAAUAAAAAUAGAUAUAUUUUGUCAUAUUUUAAAAAAGAUAAAAUUCAUACUAUGGGAAAAUAUUAUAAUGAACAUGAUAAAUUAAAAGUUUAUCAAUUUGAAAAAGAACAAAUAAAACAAGCAUCAGAUAUAUGUCAUAAAUGCUUUCGUAAACAAAAAAUAAACCCUGAUAUUUUAAAAACAGAUAAAUUGCAUAUAAAUCAUGAGCAUGAUGCUUAUAUAGAUGUUACACUAUCAGAUAUAUUAUCAAGUAUCAUGUCUGAUGUUCUUGAUCAAUCUACUAGUUUUAUAAAUUAUUUGCAUCGUCCUUUUAAGUUUGACUUGAACUAUUUCUUGAAGAAAUGA